AUGGGUUUGUGUUAUGUUAUUUGUGCAGCCACUGCAUUUGGUCAACUGUGGAGAUUGGAACCUUUGCCUUCUGAGAAGAAACAAAUGUGGCAAAGGGAGAUGGAAUGCCUUCUUUGUGUUGGUGAUCAUAUUGUCGAAUUUAAACCCUCUUGGCAAACAUUACCCGAUGGAAGUAAGCUCGAGAUCAUGACCUGCAGACCAAGAUCAGAUAUUUUUGUCAACCUUCCAGCUCUUCGGAAACUAGACAACAUGCUUCUGGAAAUACUAGAUAGUUUCACUAGCACGGAGUUCUGGUACGUUGAUAAGGGAAUAACAACGCCAGAACCUGAUGGCUUAGCCUCUUUUCGUAAACCAUUACAGCGCCAAGCAGAGAAGUGGUGGCUACCUGUGCCACGUGUUCCUGCUGGUGGUCUUCGAGAAGAUACACGGAAACAGUUAAACCAUAAGCGUGAAUCUGCUAAUCAGAUUCUAAAAGCUGCCAUGGCAAUCAACAGCGUUUCUUUAUCUGAAAUGGAGGUUCCUGAUUCAUACUUGGAUACCCUUCCAAAGAAUGGAAGAGCUUGUCUAGGGGACGUGAUCUAUCAGUAUAUAAUCUCCGAACAAUUCUCAUCAGAAUGUUUGCUAGAUUGCCUUGAUCUUUCCUCUGAACACGUUGCUCUAGAAAUUGCAAACCGUGUGGAGGCAGCAAUCUACAUAUGGCGUAAACGACCCUCUAGACCCUUACCCACCCCAAGCAGAUCAACUGCUAAAACGUCGUGGGAUAUGGUCAAGGACCUAAUGGCCGAUGGGCAUAAGAGGGAUUUACUAGCUGAACGAGCAGAAAGCCUCUUGCUUUGCUUGAAACACCGGUUUCCUUCUCUCACUCAAACCUCAUUGGACACCAGCAAGAUUCAAUGUAACAAGGAUGUAGGAAAGUCGAUUUUGGAGGGUUACUCAAGAGUCUUGGAGAGUUUAGCAUUCAACAUUGUGGCACGAAUCGAUGAUCUACUAUAUGUAGACGACUUAUCUAAACAAUCAGAGAAUCGAUCAUCUAGAGUCAGCACAAGUAGUCACAAGAGGGUCUCAGUUUCCACCUCAAGCUCACCAUACAAAACAGCUUUUGGAACUCCAAAGUUUUCACCUGGACCGCUAAUAAGCCCUGCAAGAGGGGACCGAACUCCUUUCUUAACCGGCAACAGCAACAGUAACAAACCACCAAGCCGGGGUUGUGGGGUCAGACGGGCUUUAACCAACUAUCUUGGUGGUGAAACAAGGGUCAGGAGUAGUUGUCAAUUGCUAGAAGGUCCUGGUUGUCUUUCUACAAGAAAUGCAGAUAUGCCGCCUGCUCGGAAUACCCUGGAUGGUCAACCAAGCCAAAAGGAAAACCGAACUCCGGUGAAGUCAAAGAGAACGGAUCGCUGAGCCACAAUUUGAAGAAUGGAUCAAAGGAAAGAGAGUUUAUAGGGGUUUUCAGAUAAUAUCACUGUUUAUGUUUAGUUGAUGAUGCUAAAAGUUCACUUUCAUAUUCUGUUUGAUUAUAUUUUUGUCAA